AUGGGUACAAAAUAUUCAAAAAAGAAUUUGAAACAUAUUUUAGAGAAAGAAACAAAUACAAUAAAUCAUAAUUAUCAUCAACAACAUCAUUUGAUAAAUCGUAAAGAUUGUGGUGAAAAUAAACGGCCAAUACAUCAGCAACAAACAUUAAUAAAAAAUUUAGCAGCAAUAGCAGCGAUAAGACCACAAACAUUAUGUGAUCAAACAACAACACUAACACCAUCAUUAACAUCAGUGUCAGCAAAUCAAAACAGAUGUCAUUAUCAUUUUAAACAAACGAAUAAACAUUGUAAUGAAAUUAGAAAGACACAACUGAAAAUUUCUCUAAUAUCACCUUCUGCAACUGCGCUCCUUUUUUCCACAAAUGCUACAUCACCAAAAGAACUAGAGAAAAAAGAGAGUAAAAUAAAUUUAGCAGCAGUGAAAGAGGAUAUAACUAAAAUCGUUGUGGAUCUAAUAGAGAACAACAGCAAGAUGAACGUUCAAUAUGAUGCUGAUAAUGGAAGAGAGAGUACAGAAAUUGAACAUAUUCUUGUGUCCAAACAUGAAACAAAUAAACUACAAAAUAGUGUAAACGAUUCAGACGGUGAUAUUGACCAAAGUGGGUACAAUAAUGAAAGUGAGAAGAGUACGCAUGAAAUUGAGCAAUCUGAAACGUUAUCUAACAACUUUCGUCAAACACAAUCUUCCGAAAAUACUCUAGAAUUACCACAGAAUAAAAGUGAUGAAUUCAAAGUAAUUCAACAAGCAACAACCUCAACAAUUACUAAAGUAUACCAGCCAACUGUUAAUCAAAAACAAGUAAAAACCUUUUUAACAGAAUUCACAUCUUUAAAUGUUUUUGAUCAAAUAAAUUCAGAAGAACAACGAUAUGAUGAGUAUCCACUUAUAUUUGAUUAUGAUAGUUUAACAGAUAAAAAUAACAAUAGUGACAUUGAUGAUCAAGAAGUCAGAGACGAAUAUAAAUCCGAACAUCUUUCACGAACAUCAUUAAAAGAAAGAAUAUCAAAUUAUUCUCUUGAUAAAAAGAAACAGAUCAAUUUAAAUGUACAAUCGAUGAUUCAUAAUCAAAUUUUAAAUGAUAAUAAUUUAUUUACUCAUGAACCUAAUGAUAAUGAAAAUGAUCAUCAUGACCAUUUUCUAUUAACACAUUUUGAUUUUUUAUCACAGUAUGAUGAAAUUAAAACUAUCAAACAAAAAUCGAAUAAUUUUAUACAAAUACGAGAUAUGUAUGAGAAAAAUCUGGAACAAAUGAUAUCUUUAUCAUCAUCUCCACAACACUAUCAGUCAGAUUCAAUAUCAGUACAAUCGAUACAAAGUUAUUUACACGAACUUGUUGAACGAAUAAAUGAUAAUGAUAAUAUUUGUCAAGCACAUAUUGAUUUAUCCCAUAAAAAUCAAACAUAUAUUAGUGCUAAUAGUAGUAUAAUUGAUCUUAAUCAAAACCAUUAUCCACAAAUAAAAUCUGAUAUAACAUUUAGUUAUAUAAAACAACAAUCGCUAUCAGAAGGAAAAUUGAAUAAAAAUAAUGAUAAUAGUGUAGAACAUUUACAAUCAAAGUAUGAAUCAAUAUCAGAACAGGCAAUUGUUUUCAAACAAAAAUCGAGUUAUCUAAACAUACUAGAAAAUGAUAGAAAUGACGGUAAUAAAACCACAUUGUUCCCAUGUUUAUUUGUUUAUAGAAUUCAGAAAAAGAUUCGAUUUAAUGUUUUGUAUUUAGAAGGUAAUUAUAACAAAACAACAAAUAUUGAAAGUGAUUAUUAUUCAAAACCGACUCUCCUAUUAACAACUAAAAACCUACAUUAUGAACAGAGUGAAACAACUGAAGAAUUUCAGAUAAUGCUUGCUGCUCCCUUCCGAUCUGAACAGAUCGAUAAUGAUUUAACAAAAUAUAUUCAUGAACAAGUGGAUAUAAUUGAACAUGAUGAUGAAUUAUUCUAUCAAAAUCAAUUAAAUAAACAACAACAACAAAAAAAUAAAAAUAAAAACAUUGUUCAUCAACGUUCCCAAUCAACAUUACACGAUGAAGAAGAUGAUGAUAAUCAACAAGAAACAAAACAUUAUCAACAUGAUUUUACACAACAACAAAAAUCGACUUAUCGUCAACCAAAACAUUAUUGUUAUUGUCGUAAACAUCAUCCAUGCAUUCAAACUGAUAUACCAAUUAAAUGUGUAAGAUCAAUGAUAAAAAUAUCAACAAAUGAUGAUCAAAAUGUACAGAAAGAAAAUAUUAAAAAACGUUCACAAUCGGAUCAACCAACAGUCAAACAUUGUUGUCAUUGUUUUAAACAAAUAAUUGAGCGAACGAAUAGUGCCUUAAGACGAAGAGAACGACAAACAAAAUUGAAUGGAAAACAGGAGUGUGAAGAUGGGGAUUGUACGAAAAAACAUCGAUGUGAAAAGCAUAAAUAUCAUCAUCGACAUCAAACAGAAUUGGAGAGAAAAAAUAAGAUAAAUCACAGUGAAAUUAAGAAAACUGUAAAUAAAUUAGUGAAAAGUGGUAGUCAUCGCAAGUAUUAUAAACAGCCACAACAACCGAGUACAAUUGUUCCAGCCACACGAGCUUGCUUCGAAUUAGAGUCAUCUAAAUAUUACAAAAGUUCUGUACCACACAUUCGUCAAAUUCCUCCAAAAUCGAAACAUCAUCGAACCAAAGUUGAUGAAUUUCUUCUGUUAAAUUCUUCUACAACUAGAAUGAACAAUAAUAAUAGAUCUCAAGAGCAACAACAACAACAAUCUCAGACUCGUGUAGAAAUUGAUGAAACAUACAGCACAUAUGAAAAUAUUCGUUCAAGAUUAGAACAUAGUCCGUUAAGCUUCAAUAUGGUGGGUCCAUCAUCAUUACUCGUCUCGUCACGAAAUCAUAAAUCACGUGUCGAACCUUCAUCCCCUUUGAAUCUACCAUCUGUUGGUCGAUUACAACUUGAGUCUUAUACAGCUAUUUAUGAGCAUUCAUUGUCUGAUUAUGAUCAACGUUUACGUACAAUGAGAGCAAAACCGAAUAAUAAUCUGUCAACAAUGAAACGUUUAAAAUCGACAGCAAGUUUAUGUGAAUAUGAGUUACGUGGUUUAUCAGAUAUAACCGGUUUAUCAAAACGUACACUAAUAAAUAUAUUUAAUUAUUAUUUGAAUAAAAAUGACGAUAAUAAUUCGAAUGAAAGUGAUAUCGAACAAAAAUAUCUUGAACGUUAUGAAUUUGAACAAAUAUACAAUGCAUUACGUUCGAAACGACGACGUCGACAUCAUCAUCGAAGUUUAUCAUUUCACAGUGAUGUAGCAUUUUAUGCAUUCAAUAGUGAUGAGAUGGGUGGUCGUUUAACGAUACGCGAAACAAUAUUUUGUGUUAUAUUAUUAACAACCGAAGUUAAUCUGUAUAAGCGUCUAAAAUGUAUGUAUGAUUUGGUGGACAAUGAACAAUGUGGCUUAAUUAAAUUGGAACAAUUUUAUUUUAUAAUUAAAUUAUUCUAUCGUCUUAGUCAAGGUCAUAUUCGAUCAAGACAUUCGAUUGAUAAAAUGUUAGAUGAUUUAAAAGAACUACUAAACGAAAUGAUCUCGAAAGAUGAUCGAAAUAGAAAUAAUAGUUUACAAAUGGAUAAAAAAACGUUUACUCAAAUAAUCAGCAGUUAUGAACCAUUAAAAAAACUAUUGCAGCACAAAGUAACGGUAUAA